AUGUCUUCAAUAGUACCUGGUGCCGAAGCUCCAACAGAUGAACGACUUUUACCCAAAUGGAUCGAAAACCAACCUGAAUCAAAUCAAUUACAACUUGCGAAAAGUAGCCUGGAUGAUUUUUUGGAAAAAGCUGCCCAACCACGAUAUGCUUCCGGGAACGCAUGCAUCAAACUGUGCCAUUUCAUCGAACAGUGUAGAGCCUCGCAAUCAUCUUUUCUCAAGGAAGCCGCAUAUUCCGAGAAAACUUGUCUAGACUUGUUCAAUUUCUACUUGGAAUGGAACGAGAAAAAUCAGCACCGAUCCAUGCGUCAGAUCCUAGACCUCUUGACGUCUCUUCUUAAUUCUCACCCCAAUAAGUCUGUCUCAAAGUCUCUGGUGGGAACUAUUGUAGAAAGAUUGCUCUCCAUCAUCAGUCAUCAAGCUUCUCAACCCCUGGUCAAACCUGCUUUCAAGAUUUUGGAGCACUUAGUAGGAAAAGGUAUAAUAAGCAUCGACGAUCUCGCUACUCCUAGAAAUAAGUCUCCUCUUCUGAACGAACUAGAUAACACUACUUCUACACUUGAUAGUAUAGUUUCUGAAACAUUUCAAUGGAUGAACCUUCAGGAUGUUUCGCCAUCCGCGGGAAAGUUCUUGGUUUCCCUUUUUAAAGUAUCGAAGAAACUCGGUACUCAAUAUCAGAGUGAUGAAACUAAAGACCACACUAGACUAUGGCAACGUUGGAUCAGUGAAGGUCUUAGUAAAAACCCUGAUGCUCUUGAGAAUAUCAAAAACUAUCUUCUCCCCCCUCUUUUCAAGCUCGAUCGUGUUGGUUCUUUAGCCUUCUUGCAGGAUCUUAACCAAAAAGGACCUUUAAAUAUGGAGGGACAAGACAUGGAAUCUGAAUCGCUGGUUCAUUUGUCAGCUAUAGAAGUUGGGAAGAAAGCCGGCUUAGUCGAGGAUUCUAAUGUCACAUCAUUUUUGAAGGCCCCCAAGAAAAAUACAGGCUGCAUAAUCCUACACGAAGAUACUAUUGGCCCAUUAUUGACUCAUCCUUCCGAUACCGUUCGAUCCUUAGCAUUUUCAGUCCUAGUAUCGUCCGCAUCAUCAAUUCGGCCCUUUAGCCCAGUAGCGCUCACUUUUUUACAGAAGAACAUGGCUCAUCUCUACGCAGAUACAGACGCAAAAUUUCGCAAUGACGUUUUAAGCAACACCAAGCAUUUGAUAGAACGUAUCAAGGGCGCAACCGCUUACCUCGUAAGAGAGAUUGAUCGCAUGAUAAUUCAAGAUCGUCAGAAUGAUCGUUCGGAUGCGCAACAACUACUUAACGAGCAUGAGAGUUUCCUGACUUGGUUUCUAGAAUUCUUGCAAGGGGAGCUUGUGCCUACUGCAUCCUAUCAACGGCACAUCACGUCGUUAAGGGCGAUCUCCUUGCUGUUACGUUCUGGUUUGGAGGAGCAUUCAUCUGAAGAUCAAAAGUUGACGACUACGCCUGACUCCACUGUAUGGGCUCACACUCUAAGCAUCUUCAACUCAGAAUCUUUACGACUAUUUCUUGAUCUGCUGAUGGAUCCUUUUGAGGAUGUCAGAAGCGGAGCCACUUCGAUAUUGAAAUUGGCCAGUCCCCAUAAUUUCCGAUCCUCAAAGUCACAGACUUCUACAGAGUUUGACGUUUUAUUGGAAUCCGUUGAUCGUGCCGAGGGCUUUGCAAAGCGUACAGGUCGCGCGGACUUUGCGGAUGGAGUUGCACGGUCUUAUCAGAUUCUAUAUGGCUUUUCGGACGUCAAGGGACGUCUGAGUCUUGUCGAAGGCCUCAUCGUCGGCCUAGAGAAAAAGAUAGUAAUGGCCCAAAGAGAUUUGGGUGAAGCUGUUCUUGUUGCUCCAAUUCAUAGCGACUUUUCAACCAUAAGCUAUAUUUGGGAAGAAAUCGACUUCUCUCAAGAUGAUUCCAAGGAUCAGGAGGCUGCUGAAAUUCGAAAAUCAUGGGAAGACCUGCAAAAUCGCAUUGUUGCAAGUUGUUACAGCAUAUGGCAGGCUGUAAAAGACAUAUUAUGUAAUGAUUCACCAGAAGGCCACAUUCCUGAGGAAGUUGACGAUGUGGAAUCCAUUGACACUAAGGACGUGUUGAGUUACAGCUUUAGGGCAAUUCAUGAAUCUAGUAACCUGAUGAGGACUGUUGUAACGAAAGCAAAAGAUCGCCGUCAUGACGGGUCUUCAGUGAUGGAUCCAGGACUCUUCAAAAAAGUGGGAAACUUGACUUUCGAACAACUAUCUAGCCUUCGACAUCGUGGUGCCUUCUCCACAGUCUCCUUGACAUUCUCUAGAUGUUGUCAGCUUUCACAAUGCCAUACCUCAAGCGAAUUGCUUGAAGUUUGGUACAAGGGCGCACUAAAAUGCAUAUUCGAACAAGCAUCUACAACACGCAGAUCUGCAGGAAUUCCCGCACUAAUCACUGGAAUACUAUCCGCAAACAGUAAAAGUCCAGCUUUCGAAGAUGUAAUGGCAGAGCUGAAAUCUUUGGCUGGGCGCCCUGUUACAUUAUCUGAGACUGAUGAAACAAAUCUACCUCAAGUGCAUGCAAUGAAUUGUGUAAAGGAGAUAUUCAAAAGCUCUACAUUGGGCAAGAGAUCAGAUAAACAUAUCCCGAACUGUUUGCAGCUCGCUGCGGACAGCUUGACUUCUGAGAUUUGGGCAAUCAGAAAUUGCGGUUUAUUACUGUUAAGAAGUCUUAUUGAUUGUCUGUUUGGUACCAACGAGAACAAAGCUUCUAUCGAGGCUGGCUGGGAUGGGCGUUCGACGAAACUUUCAUACGAAAAAUACCCAGAGCUGCCUGAAAUCUUGCUAAAGUUAUUGAACAAAGAGACUCCAAGCACGGAGGAAACUAAUACCCCUGCGAUUGGCGCUAUAGAGUCAGUCUUUCCCUCCUUGGAUAUCAUUCGUCGUGCUGGUCCGCCAGUUUUACUUCGCAACGAAAUCAAGGAAAGGGUAUCCAUACAUUUGGGAAGCAAGUACUGGCAUACCAGAGAAUUGGCAGCCCGUACUAUGUGUACAUUUAUGCUUCACGAUGAUUGGCUACCUGAUCUACAGAAACUGCUCAGAAUAUCGAACCCAUCCACUAAUUAUACCCAUGGAGUGUUAAUGACGACCAACUUUGUGCUGGAACGCCGUCUUGCUGUGUUCUCGAGCCCUCCAAGCAUUCAAGACCUUGUCUGUCUGAAAGAUAAUAUCGAGGCGCUGAGUCACCUUGGUCAGUGUCCAGAGACUUUGGCGACAUACAUCGAGUUCAAAAAUCUCAUUUACCAAAUCCUCCUUGCUCUUCCAGCCUCCACUUUAAACAAUGACGCUCGAGAAAAACUCAUCGAUAACCAUGAUUCACACAAUUUGUUGUUGAAUAGUGAUGGCUGUAGCUACUCCAAAGUUAAUACUGAUCUUUCUUACGAGAAAAGCCGAGUAGGAGGCGCUUUGUUACAUCAAGCAACCGCCCGUGAAGCUGUAUAUAUAUCUGGAUUGACCAAGGAUAUACAAGCUCUUAAGAAGGCUUUGAACGACUAUUGUGAUAUAGAUCUUGAUACAGCUACCGCAUCCUUGGAAUGCGUGCUACAAGCCUGGAAAAAUCAGAAAAUUGUGGUUUUGGAAGCGCUCUUAGAUGCAGUGAUUGUAAGCCCAGCGGACUUGCAGAAAGUUGAGCCUAGCGCCUAUGAAAUAUACUCGAAAAUGCUCAAUAGUAUUAAGCAAUGCGAUAUGGAUCAAUAUAUUUUAGACAUUGGAGAAAUUGCUCAUUUCAUGGGCUCUGAAAAUGGCAAGUCUGGACCGUAUUUGGCUCAUGCUUUGAUGAGAACAAGUGGUACCUUCAUGCUGUUUAAUUGGUUGAAGUCGAAGGGCGAUGUCAACGCCCAGAUAAACUUCAUGGCAAGAGCAGAAAAUUUGAGUGAAGCUGGAAAGUCACACAAUGACUUCGACACCCGUUUUGCUGCCGUGAAAGGAUUUUCCUACUUCUUUGCCUGCUUACCAGAUGAGUUCAAGUGGGGCUCUGAAUUACUUCCAUGCCUCAUUGCCCUGUACGACACCCUCAACGAUGACGACGAUGAAGUGCGCGAACUUGGAGCACAGAUUGUCUCUUCUAUAGUAGGCAAGCCUCUAAUUCCAUUGGCUGCAUGUGAGGAGUUCGCAGAAUGGCUGAGGCUUAAAUAUCCACAAGAUCAAAUGUUCAGCUGGAAUGUCAUCUGCCGUAUCACAGGUAGUGACGAGUUCAUAUUUCAUGGAGCUUAUGCAGGAUUAUGUUCGCCUGAAGACCAACUUACAGCAGCAAUGAAACAAGAUAAUGCUCUGUUUGUUGAAGAAGAACAGAAUCUCUUCAUUGAUGAAGUCAGAGAAGCCAAACUCUGGAGUAAUGUUCUGUCAAAGGACCUCGAGAUCCUUCAGACCGAAAAAUCCGGGGAGUAUCAGUGGCAACAAUAUAGUCAUCUUGCUAAAUGGAUUCUGGAUGCACUUCGACAACUCAACGUAAUUAUGGAGAAAGAUGAUGGACCUCUUGGGUGGACAUCAAAGCCAAGCAUGUUUGCAUCAUGUAUAAGAAUCCUUCUCGGUGCAAAAGUUCUUUUAGAGAGUAAAAGCACACUCUCCGAAAACAUAUCAUGGAUUCUCAGCCAAAAUGAGAUCAGCGAAGCAUUGAGUAUUUUCAAAGACCUUGGCAAAAAGAAUGAUAUUCACCCAAUUCUUCUGUCGGAAGUUAGCGAGAACCAAACUUCACUCCUCAACAGAAGAUGA